ACAGUUAUCAGUGGUCGGAGGAUGGACAGGGCACUGUGUCUCUAGAUUGUGAACUGUCCCAGGUUCAAAUGGUCCUGGAUCAAAGCCGACGGCGCAUUUCUAGAUUAUUGCACGCAUCAUUUCUGGGAGAUUUCACAGUCUAGACCGUGGUUACAAAACAAAUACUGCAGGGAGGGAGACAUAUUCGGGCCUCCUCCGCUCCGACGGCUGAACGAAGCAGCUGCCAGUAGCGCCCCCCGUGGAGGUGGGUUUGUCGCAGCCAUGUCGCCCUCGGUGCGUCUCCAGGAGAUGAUUCGCGUGAUCCGCAGCGCUCGGACCCAGUGCGAGGAGCGCGGCGUCAUUCAGAGGGAGUGCGCCGCCAUUCGGGCGCAGUUCCGGCAGGCAGACAACGUGGGGCGCUCGCAUAACCUGGCCAAACUGCUUUACGUGCACAUGCUGGGCUACCCUGCCCACUUUGGACAGAUGGAGUGCGUGAGGCUGAUUGCCAGCCCCAGGUACAGUGAGAAGCGGGUGGGCUACUUAGGAGCUAUGAUGCUGCUGGAUGAAAAGCAGGAUGCCAGCCUGCUCAUCACCAACUCCAUUAAGAAUGACCUGUCCCACAGCAAUCAGUACGUUCAGUCCCUGGCCCUGUGCACUCUGGCCUGUAUGGGCUCAGCAGAGAUGUGUCGAGACCUGGCUCCUGAGAUUGACCGCCUGCUGAGGACCUCCAACUCCUACAUCAAGAAGAAGGCAGCGCUGUGUGCUGUCCACAUUGUGAGGAAGGUGCCAGAAUUGGGGGAGCUCUUCACCACAGCUGCCCAUUCGCUGCUGUCUGAGAAGAACCACGGUGUGUUGCAUGGAGCUGUGGUUCUGAUCACAGAGCUGUGUGAGCAAAAUCCGGAAUCACUCGCUCAGUUCCGCAAGGUGGUACCAGAGCUGGUUCACAUUAUGAAAGGUCUGGUGAUGUCAGGUUACUCUCCAGAACACAAUGUGGCUGGGAUCAGUGACCCUUUUCUACAGGUACGCAUUCUCAGACUGCUGAGGAUUCUGGGACGAAACAAUGACACAGCGAGUGAUGCCAUGAACGACCUUCUGGCUCAGGUGGCAACGAACACAGACAGCAGCAAGACAGCGGGAAGCGCCGUGCUCUAUGAGACCGUCCUCACUAUCAUGGAUAUCAAGUCGGAGAGUGGCCUCAGGGUCUUGGCCGUGAAUAUUUUGGGAAGAUUUCUACUGAACAAUGACAGGAACAUUCGCUACAUUUCCAUGAUGUCACUGCAGAAGAUUGUGCAAACAGACCACAAUGCUGUGCAGCGUCACAGGGGCACCAUUGUGGACUGCCUGAAAGACCCAGAUGCCUCUGUAAAACGGCGUGCGCUGGAGCUCUCCCUGGCCCUCGUCUCCGCUGUGAACAUCCGCUCCAUGAUGAAAGAGCUGCUCCUUUUCCUCUCAUCCUGCCCCCCAGAGCUGCGAGCUCAGGCAGCCUCUGGGAUCUUCAGCGCUGCAGAAAGGUAUGCCCCCUCCCAGCGCUGGCACAUCGACACCAUCCUGCAUGUCCUCACCACGGCAGGCGCUGAUGUGAGGGACGAGACUGUGCCCAAUCUCAUCCAGCUCAUCACCACGGCAAACGAACUUCAUUCUUAUACUGUGCACAAGCUGUACCGGGCACUAGUGGCUGACAUCUCGCAGCAGUCGCUGGUGCAGGUGGCCUGCUGGUGUGUAGGGGAAUAUGGGGACCUGUUACUGAGAGCAGAGUGCGACGACACGGAACCUGUGCAGGUGACUGAAGAUGAUGUCUUGGAUGCCUUGGAGACCGUUCUGCAAUCUCACAUGUCAUCACCUGCAACCAGGGGUUUUGCGCUCACAGCAACUAUGAAACUGAGCACACGUAUCACCCACAACGUGGAUCGCAUUAGGAGCAUCGUUAGCAUUUAUGGAAGCUGCAUUGACCUGGAGCUCCAGCAGAGGGCAGUAGAAUACAACGCACUCUUCAAGAAGUACGACCACAUGAGGGCAGCGGUGCUGGAGAGGAUGCCAGUGAUAGACAAAACUUCACCAGGACACUCCAAAGGUGAGAUGACGGCAGGACCUGUCCAGGAGCGGGACCAGACCCAAAAGCAGCCAGCUGUGGAAACUGUGAGCCAGGAGUCCACAAACCAGGCAUCUAACCUGUUGGACCUACUCAGCAGUUCUGAUGAUGCCCCACAGUCCACCCCAGCACAACCCCACUCUCUAGAUGCUUGUCCCACCUCUAGCAGUAGCCCUGAAGGAGAUCUUUUGGACCUGCUGGGAGGACUGGACCUCAUGCCAGCCCCCAGUCUUACAGUGUACGAGAAGAACGGUGUGACGCUGAGGCUGCAGUGUGACAGGCAGAUGGACACGGGGGUCUCCAUCACUCUCUCUGCCUCCAACUCUACUGAUGGGGACAUCACCCAGUUCAACUUGCAGGCAGCUGUGCCCAAGUGUGUUCAGCUGCAGAUGAAGGCCCCAAGUGGUGAUGUCCUUCCAGCCCGAGCAGCUGGUCAGCUGACCCAAGCCAUCCUUCUUAAGAACCCCAACAAGGUGGGCCUACGGAUGCGGGUGCGAGUUUCAUACUGUAGUCAAGGAACCAACUAUCAGGACACUGUACAGAUCGACUCCUUCCCUUCAGUGGCUUGGCAGUGACAGCUGUUGGUUACCAUGCAGCUGUCAAACUACCAGUCCAUCAGCUGACUCAUGAGUUACCCAGCUUUGGGCUCUGUGCAGUCAGCAUUCAAUAAUUUUACCUUUCCUUCCUGGACUUCUCUUGAGCAAUUCUAAUUCAUUGAUACUGGCAAUGAAAUUCAAUAAUUACAUUACCAUACAGUGAAAAUAAUGACCAAAUCAAUGUGGACAUAUAAGCAUCAAAGCGGUUUCCUUCUUUCACUCUAGAGUUGCGUAUCAGUCGGUCAUCACUCAGAUGUUAAUCAGCUGAAAUUAUUGACCUGCAGACAUCAGUUUUGAUAGACUAUUGAGUGUCC